AUGCUUCCGACCCCGGCCACCUCCACCACCUUUUCGUGCCAGCUGAGCAACACGCUCAUGCCACCGGCCGAGUUAUCGUUCAUACCACCCGGUCGUCCGCUCAUCUGGCUGAAGCCCGUCUGCUGCGGCGUGAUACCGCGAGUCGGAGUGCGCGGUCCGCUGCUAGCCGGUGCCGCCGAAGAGGCCAUGCCCUUGUACUUCAUCAGCACAUCCAGCAGCUCGCUGCCGUUCUCCGACGCGUACAGCCGCGACAACAGCGGGUUCAUCUCGCUCGCCUUGAUCGACUGCAGCACCUCGACAACCGUCUGCAUCGCCGCCUCCUUGGCCGCGUCGGAGCCGGCAUAG